AUGUCCCCCAUCGCUCGGGGGGAGGCAGCCUGUCAGCUGUCAUCUGUUCCUUUACAGAUGCUCUUUUACGUAAAUGGGAUUUAUUACGUCUUUUACUUCUUGGCAACUCUUGCAAUGAUUGUUUAUAAAAGUCAAGUUUUCAGUUAUCCAGAUGAUUUUUUGGGUCCUGAUCUCGCCUUGCUUUUCAUUAUGGCCAUUCUUGAAGUGCUCCGAUUAUACUUGGGUUCCAAGGGUAACCUGACAGAAGAAGAGGCUCCGCUAGGGCUCAGUCUUGUGAUCACGGUCGGCAGCGUGAUUCUCUCGGUGUACUUCCUGGUGUGGCAAACUUACGUGCUGAAAGCAGACGUCAUUAUCAACGCCGUUCUUCUCUUUACAUACGGGCUUGAGUCAGUACUAAAGGUCAUAGCCAUUGCUGCUUUUGUCAGCUAA